GCUCUGAGCGUGUCAGUAUCAUCAGGGGCGGAGCAGGAAGUGGUAGCGAUGAGGAGGGGUCAGGCAAGGCCCAGCCCAAGCGUCUCCAUGUUUCCAACAUCCCCUUCCGCUUCAGAGACCCGGACCUCAGACAGAUGUUUGGGCAAUUUGGCAAGAUCCUGGAUGUGGAGAUUAUCUUUAAUGAGAGAGGGUCAAAGGGUUUUGGGUUCGUGACCUUUGAGAGCGCAAUGGAGGCAGACCGAGCAAGGGAAAAACUGAACGGAACUAUCGUUGAGGGGAGGAAGGUUGAGGUGAACAAUGCUACAGCCAGAAUAGUCACCAAGAAACCCCAAACACCACUUGUGAAUGGUGAGGUUUCAACCCCUGGAUGGAAGAUCAACCCUGUCAUGGGAGCGAUGUAUGCACCUGAACUCUACACCGUUGCCAGUUUCCCCUACCCCGUAGCUGCUCCCACCCUGGCCUAUCGGGGCUCACCACUGCGUGGGCGGGGCCGGGCUGUCUACAACACAAUUCGCUCAGCUGCUGCAGCCGCACCCACUGCCAUGCCCGCCUACCCUGGUGUGCUGUACCAAGAUGGAUUAUAUGGAGCUGAAGUCUAUGGCGGGUAUCCUGCAGCGUACAGAGUUGCCCAAUCACCAUCCGCUGCCACAGCAACAUACAGUGAUGGAUAUGGCCGAGUUUAUGCUGCUGCAACGGAUCCCUACCACCAUUCAGUGGGACCCACGGCAACAUACGGUGUCGGAACAAUGGCCAGUCUGUACAGAGGAGGAUACAACCGCUUCACCCCUUACUGAGCUGCCCAAUGGGAGCCUGGAAGCCGUUCUGUGACCCCGCCACCUCAUCCGGGAUUGGCCAGUCCCAGGACAAUAACUCAGGACAGGUUAUGACAUCACUGAGCUCUGUGUCACCUCCUGUCUGACUCCCUCCACUUGGAGACUGUCAAAUCCAACCGACUGAACGUGUAAAUACUGUAGUAGUUAUUAACGAUUUAUUCUAUCAGAGAAUACAUAUAGAAUAAAGAGCCUGAUCUAAUGUAUAGACAGUUAUUUAAAAUCUUUAUUUUACACUUAAUCUGUAUUGUUUGUGCCACAGAUUUGUUCCAGGGUUUAAGAAUGUAAAGAUUUCUGCCUCCGUACCUGGGUUAUAAGCUACUCUUUCACUAUUCUAACAGAGAGAGUUGAAUGUGAGCCAUUUUAUUUUUCAUUGGCUGGACUUCAUGGUGAAAUACUGCAACUCAAGUGGCACAACAAUACUGGUUUCUCUACAUGUUGACCUUUGUAAAAAAAAAAAUUGAUCAACGUCUGAGCCUUUGACUUCUCAAGAGUCAAGUUGUAGAGUACAAUGACAUUUUAUACAGUUAAAUAACUUAUUUUGAUGAGUUUUGUUAAUGAUGUAGCGCACUGUUUGAGGACGUUGAAGUGUGUGUGUGUGUGCUUGUGUGUUGGAGUAUGUGACGACAUCAAUACUCAAAGCACAAGCUAUGAGAGACAGCAAUGGCACUGGUAUUGUUAAUGUGCACAGUAAUCUUUUUUGAAAUGCUUCUAGAACCAGAAAACUAUAAUUUGCAUAAAAUGUACGUAUGUUUUUGCUUUCCUAACAAUCUACCUCUGAUUCUAAAAAUGUUUCACUUGUCAAAAAAGCAUUCAGGAGCCAUUACUUCUCUCAACUAAUUAACUGUAACAAAACAUUUUUUCUUAUUUUCAUUGUUGAGCUUCUAUCCAUCUUCUCUCUGCUUUGCAUAAUGCUCAACCCACUUUAUCCUUUUUCUAUGGCAGCCUCAUUCUGGGUUUUACUUCGCUCUGCCUGAUGAACCUGUAACCUCUAUGGUGCUUUCCCUUAUUUCCUCUGUCCUGUUAA